ACUAUCGUAUGUUUAGGCUCACACAUGGUGUCUGAAGAUUUGACCAGCGCGCAAACAUACUUUAUUUAGUUUUGGAGCAUGACAUACAUAAACAAGGGCUCUGUUCUGCUAAACAUAUUCACAGAGAAAGCAGGACAUUUCGUUUUGGAGCAACAAUAUGAAAGGAGACCGUGGCGCUGCUGGAGGCCUGACUGACCCGGUCCUGAUCCUCCAUCCUGCACACACAUCAGACAUCAGACCUGCAGCAAAAGAUGUUGGGCUUUAUUUUCACUCUGCUCAUUCUGACACCAGCAGCUGCUGAAGUGGGUCUUGGUGGAAAAGUUCUUCUGUUUCCAACCCAAAGUGCUACCAGCUAUGUUAAACUGACUCCUGAUAAACUCCUGAGUCUGUCAGCGUUUACUCUCUGCAUGCGUGUGGCGACCGAGCUCCAGGGCGGGCGGGAAGUCAUUCUGUUCGCCUACCGCACUUCUGAAGUUGAUGAACUCAAUGUGUGGAGAGAGAACGAUGGCCGUUUGUCCAUGUAUAUUCAGUCUAGUAGCGAUGCAGCACGUUUCUAUCUUCCCCCUCUCUCCACAUUUCAGACACAUCUGUGUGUGUCCUGGGAGUCUGCAACUGGUCUUACUGCUUUUUGGGUGGACGGGCGUCGCAGUUUGUACCAGAUCUAUAAGAAAGACGCCUCUGUCAGACCUGGCGGCACCGUACUGCUCGGACAGGACCCUGAUUCAUAUGUAGGUUCGUUUGACGCAAAUCAGUGCUUUAUUGGUGAAAUUACAGAUGUGAAACUGUGGGAUUAUGUUCUGUCUGAGAUCCAGAUUAAGGCUUUGUAUUCAAACCAGGAUCCGUUGGUGCCAGCGGGAAAUGUGUUUGACUGGGACACCGUCAAAUAUGAUGUUGUGGGAAAUGUGACGGUGGCUAAUGAUAAUCUCUGAUCUUGAUCUGUUGUAGCGCAUUGUGUGUUUCACGUGGUUGUGUCUAUCUUUAUAGUCUGUUUAUCUCUUUUAAUGAAAGCUGUAAGGCCUAUCAAAUAAAUCUUUCUCAGCAUUUCAA